AGAAAAGAGCAGUAUCUUAAAGUCUUGUGACGCCAGCAUUAGCUAUCUAACAGAUAAAGAAAAUAUAAACCCAAAAAAGAUAACUACAGACUCAUUAGAGAAAAAAGAGGUUUUUGGAUCUAAACGCAAACUUAACAACAACUAUUAA